AUGGCCGCCUUGUCGCACGUUUCCGCCCUCUGCUGUCACAGGAGCGCGCACCAGACCUGUCUCCCGGUGGACGCGCCUGAGGAGGUGCAGGCAACAAGAUGGGAAGUUGAGCCCAGUAAGGAGGAGGACAGCCGCCGUCCACUGCUCAACAUACAGUCGCUAUAGGAUGAAGGAAUGGUGGAUUCAGGUGGGGCUGAUUACAAUUCCUCUGCUUGCUGUGUACCUGCACAUUCCACCACCUAAUCUCUCUCCAUCACUCUUCACAUGGAGGUCAACAGGGGCAUUUUUCACAUACAAACAACAACAGAUCUUUUAUAGAGAAUCUUGGGGAGCUAUGGGAAGCUCAGAUGUGGUGAUUGUUUUACAUGGAUUCCCAACAUCAAGCUAUGACUGGUAUAAGAUCUGGGAAGGACUAACACAAAGAUUCCAAAGAGUAAUUGCUCUGGACUUUUUAGGCUUUGGUUUUAGUGACAAGCCAAGAUUCCACCGGUAUUCCAUAUUUGAACAGGCCAGUAUUGUAGAAGCUCUGGUCAGUCACCUUGGCUUGACAGAUCAAAAAGUGAACUUACUUUCUCACGAUUAUGGAGAUACUGUUGCCCAGGAAUUGCUUUAUAGGUAUGAACAUCAAAGGCAAGGACACAUUAACAUUGGGAGCUUGUGUCUCUCCAAUGGAGGAAUCUUUCCUGAAACACACUAUCCUAGAUUAAUUCAGAAGAUUUUGAAAGAUGGUUGGAUUUUGUCACCAGUACUAACUAGGCUGAUGAACUUUUACUUCUUUAGUAAAGGCAUCAGUGAGGUGUUCGGACCGUUUACACAGCCGUCAGACACUGAAUAUUGGGAUAUGUGGACUGCUCUUAGGACCAAUGAUGGCAAUUUAGUUGUAGACAGUAUUUUACAGUAUAUAAACCAGCGCAGAAAGUACAGAGAACGCUGGGUGGGUGCUUUAGCCAGUGCAUCAGUUCCAUUGCAUUUAAUUUAUGGACCGCUGGAUCCAGUCAAUCCCCAUCCAGAAUUCUUGGAUCAAUACAAGAAACUUAUUCCCAAGUCAACCUUUACCGUGCUGGAUGAUCACAUCAGUCACUACCCUCAGCUGGAGGAUCCCACUGGUUUCCUGAAUGCCUAUCUGAACUUUAUCAAUUCAUUUUGAGCCACAAAGAACAAGAUAACUUGACUGCUAGUUCUACGUAUUUGAAUAAGGAGCUGUGGUAAAGCAAUAACAUGGUUAACAUUGGUCAUUUCCAUGCAAUGGGCUCCUGACCUGCUCUGGAGCACCACACCAGCACUGAAAUACCUCAGGGAUGACUUGUCUUUUAACACAAUGUGUUUGUAUAAUGUUUUUUUUGUUUUGGUUUUUUUACUCAACCCAGUGUUUCAUAUGAGUUAUUUCUGGUGACAGCACUGGGGAAAUUGCAUGUUCCUAAUCCAAUCUGUGUUCUAAAGCCAUUGUCAUGUGUGAGAUGACUACAGACAGUAUAACUGACAGCAAUGCCAACACAGUAUGAAGAUUUAGAGACUCUUGGUGUUUUGGGGGAUUUAUUUUAAGUACAUUAAGCCAUACAAUGAAUGCACUGUAAGGGCUGCAGUGUUUUCAACAUCUCAAGGAAGGCAACAUCUACUUGUUAACAUACAUGUAUAAAAACAUUGCUUCACCUUACUUGCACUCAUUGACAGUUGCAGUUUGUAUUUUAUUCCAAAACUAUUCACAGUAUAGUAGUUUUUUCACUGGAAACAGUCAACAAUUAACACUUUCUUAACUGGGGCAUUUGAGCCUCGGUGUGCAGGGCAAAAUUUUACUUUUUGGACUGUAUAGUGAAUUUAUAUUUAGUUUUACCAAAUAUACAAAUCGUUUUUCUGUUUCUUUUGUUAUACACAUAGGACUGUCAUAUCCCUCAAAUUUAAGGCAUUCUCUUAAGAUUUUUUAGUGUCAGAAAUAAUUAUUGUACAUGUGGGAUAACCAUUUCUGGGCCAUGUGACUGCACAUUAUACUUUUGGUAUGAUUUCUGGUGUAAGUUCAGUGAUUGCUGUAUUUCAUGCAACAUCUUCCAGUUGCACUACAAUGUGCUUUUAAGCUUGUUUUUUUUAACCAACAAUAUUAAUACACUGACUGUUUCAAUUCGCUGUCACAAUGUAAUGUUAUCAAUUUAUAACAUCCAACACAGCCUUUUUUGGCAUAAAACUGUAAAUCCUAUUGUAGAAAUAGAAUACUGACUGUAUUACUCUAUGACUGGAGAUGGCAGUAGAACCAGGUGAAUGAUUAAUGCCAUUCUGCUGUAACAACAUUAUGUUGUAUGUGAAAAGAAAUAAAGUAAAAAAAGGGCCCACCAGUGAAGAAAAUGAAAUAAAUUAAAUAAAGAAAAUGUAAUGCCUAUUAUGUGUUUCCAGGAGAAAGACAAUGGCCCUCAUUUACUAUGAGUGGAGUGUCCGUUUGUGUUUAAUUUUUGCUUUUCCGACCAAAGGCCUCUUAAAAACAAUAGAAAGGGCAAAGACUUGGCUCUCAAGCAAGAUGGCCAGGCCAACAGGCCAAGAAAGGAGACUAGGUAUU